CAACGACUUAACAGUGCCGGGCCGAACUGGGGCCGGGACACUGGCUGGAGCAGCCGCACGACGCCGCCGCCGCUACACAACCGAGUCGACAACCUUGCUGCCUCUUUUCGCCCUCAUCCGGCACUUGUACAUUCACUCACGGCGCGCGCAGUCUGGCUUGUGCAUCGGCUUGCCGACAAAUAAUCAGCAGCCUCGCACUCGCUCAUCCCUGUCGCUGCUUGCGAGAUAGCAUUCGGGACGAAGGCACAGCGCAAACACCGAACGCACACGAGUCGAUCAUCACGCUACCGAGGAGACAGACAUACCCCUCCCGCGUGCGCCAUUCAUCACCUCAUCGUCUUCACACAUUCCGCUGCAAGCCCAGUCAGCUUGACUCGGCUGCUUGUCAUUAAGCUACCGGCGAUAGUGGGCACUUUUGUCCAGUCGGCCGUCGGUCUCGCUAUCUGAGACAUCGAUCGCAUCACGGGGCAAGCUUUCGUCUCUUGCCCGCUCAGACAACAUUUCGUUUCAACCACCUGCCAGUCGCCGUAUUCCUUCGGCCGACAGUAGCAACGAGUCGUCGCGUACACGUUGGUUGAACGUGGAUCGCUGGAAGCGUUGAGCGACAACACCAAAACGCUCUUCCUCCACAACCUUCCUCAGUGUCGACUACGGCCCCAUCAUGCAGCUCCGCAACUGGCCAUCGCCCCGACGAGAGCGGCGUGGCUCUGCUACCUCCAACGCAUCAGGUCUCACUGGGUCAGUAGCCGUGCUCGCGGCUGGCGGCGCAUCGAUCCCGCCACCGUCAGGCCGGGGCGCCCGCUCGCCGAGCGCGAGUACCUCUUCCUCGCACCAGACCCAAAGCGCGCAGCAGGCCCUUGACGAGCUGAGGGAGCGCACCGGUCGUCCGCGCGCCACGACACAAGCGACAGCAACCACCCCGGGCGAGGAGCGCGCCAGCCCCGACUUGCGCGGUACCCAGUCCCUCGGCGCGGGGGUCGGUGCCAAUGCCCAGACGGCCUCCGCUCCGCCCAUGGUCCGCUCGGCCACCCCGCCGCCGUACGCCCACCACUCGCUCGACCGCAGCCCGCUCCCCAACCCAAUGGUGCUCGACGACCGCCCGCGAGUACCCCCGCCGAUCUAUCUGCGCUCGUCAAGCAUCCAGCCCCAGUCUAGGUUGGGGACGCUGACGAUUCACGUCCCAGGAUGGGGCGUCGCACUCGUCCGCCCGCCACGCCAGUACGACCUGCACCCACUCGAAGCAGGGCAGCCGACUCGCGAGCCGCCCGCGGAGGACACGGUGUUGACUGGCACCCUCGAAGUGGUCAUGAAGGAACGCCGGCGCGUGCAGGCGAUCAGUGUCGGUGUGCAGUCGGUCGCCAGGUUGAAUAUGUGUGGCGCCAGGGGCUGGGAGGAAGACGGCAUCUUCGAACGCGGAGUCGAGAUUCUGUCUGGUGUCGAUGAGGAAGGCAUCUGGCUCGAGAAGGGCAGCCAGAGCUUCUCGUUCUCCAUCUUGUUGCCUGCAACCCUUGCAACAUACGACUACCACCAGUUCGGCCGUGUCUCGUACAUCAUCACCGCUCGAGUAGAGGGCAUUCCGGCUACCGGGGGCGUGUUUGGCAACAAGUUCAAGAGCCGCGAGCUUCCUAUCCAGGGCGACAUUCCUUUCCUUGCCGACUUCCAGUCGGUGAUUGCACGAUCAGAUAAGAUUGCAGCAGACCAGGCUGCGGGACUCAGCAACAGGCCAAGAUCGGGUUCGAACCUGUCGCCCAGGAUGGGAAGCCUUGCUCUGGGCGAUUCGCCAACAUCGCCCCUAUCUGACGAACAUGUCAUCGCCUUUGGCGGCACCGACAGUGUCAGCACGCCGCCUGUUCGAGGAUUGUACCACCGCCGCCCAAGUGGAAGCGAUGCCCAGGUUCCGACAUUGUCAAGUUUCGGGCGCCCAUCGCCAUUGCGCCGCGACACAGACAACAUCAGUGUCAACUCCAACUCGGACCAGACGCGGUCCGAGAAGGCUGGCUGGCUCUCGGGCGACAUUUGUGCAAUGCGCAAGCUCAAGGUCCACGCCAACCCCACUGUUGGUGCUGGCGUAUUCCAGCUCGACCUCAGAAAGGAGGGCUUUGUCGAGGGUCUGGGACCGUGGCGCUUCUCGGCCACGUCGGAUGCUUUCAGCAUUGCAAGCGUCAUGCUCGUGCAGUUGACCAUUCCCAAGCCUGCGCCCACCUGCACCAUCUUCUUCGUUCGCCUCCUCCUCAGUCAGAGCUACACCGUUGUGUCGCCGCGCACGCCCAACGACCCACCGAUUCGCCCCGAGGGACCGCGCAACCACGUCAUCUAUCAGGUUGGUCGUCCGCACCAGCAUGGCGAGAGCCGUCUCGGCCACCCUGUCCCGUCGCUUUGGCGUGGCCCCGAGGCUGGUGGCGUGGAGGGCGAUCAUCCUCCGAACGGAUACCGUACGCGUGCGGUCGCCAGGCUUCCAAACCAUGACAAGAUUAGACCGACGACGAGCGCUGGAACCAUCACGCCCCUCCGGGUCUCGCACGAACUCCUCGUUAGAAUCUUCUACUCGAUGGAGGGUGAGACUGUUACGGGGAAGCAAAUCAAUGGACCCGGCGAGGUGCGCAUGUGCCAGGUCCGUCUCCCUAUCACUGUCCCGUCGUGUUGCUGCUCGACCGCGGCGCUCAACCUACCCACUUAUGAGUGUGCAAAUGAGACCUCGGAGGCAGACAACAACCUCGACCCCCGCAAGCAGUGCCAGUGUGGUGCGACGUUCCAGGAGCUGAGCUCUGCGGCCGUUCGACGGCGGCAGGCGGGCGAGGCGGACCCCGACGAGGAGUGGGCGCUGCACGCCUCCAACGGCGGCAUGGGAUCGGAGGCUCUAGAACGGCACGAGGAGGCGCGUCGCACCGCCAGUGAGCGGGGCAAGAUUCGUGAAGCCCACGUCCCGCCCUCGACAGCGUCAGGUUCCGGCGGCGCCAGCGGUUCGGCAUAGCGGCAUGUGUUGUGAGCUCGGUGUUGUGAAUCAAGGGCCGGUAAGGGAUCGUGUGUUGCUGGAAUCGAAGGAAUGUAUACUCUAUCAUGCA